UCGAAGAGCUCGGAGUUGUGGCUGGCCGGACGAUGCUCAAGCGUAGGGGUCUCUUGCUUCCAUUCUAUCUCUACUCUUCCCUGCUCCACAUUGUCACUUGAGGUGGUGGACUUGUUGGGAUUCUCACCUCUCUUGUUGAUCGUAAGACACGGGAGAGAGAGGAGAUGUUGUCGCAGUUCCGCAAGGAGUUGCUUUGUGGUGGUACAACGGCGGAGACCAGGAGCUGGAAAUCAUGGGAGUCGCACAUCUGGCUGACAAUCGUCACACAAAGCCAUUCCUUCUGGCCGGAGGAAAGCCGGACGAGCAAAGCCAGAGAGGAUUUGGUUUUGGAGCUCUGAUCCAUGGCUUCAGCUCGGGAGUUCUUUCACGGGCCUGGGAGCUGGACAAGAGCAGCGUUCGAGACGUCUUGGAGGGCCAAAGCGGUGUUGGCAUUGUCAAAGUGGACGAGGACAUAACUUUCCCAGAUGCCACCAACGCUUUCGAUCGAUCGAGAUCCAUCCCGACGUUCGCGUCCAAAACGGUGGAGAGAUCCGAGAGCUCAGCAGCUACAAGCUUCCUAUUCUACGAACCUUGGGACUUGGUAUGGAGUGUAAGGGAGCCAUGGUCGCUCCAAAUUGGUUCCAUGGUAGCCAUCAGAUCCUCUACGUCGUUCAUGGACGAGGAAGGAUCGAGGUCGUGGAUCCCAGUGGCGAGAGAGUUCUCGACGCAGAACUGGAACAAGGGUCGCUCGUUGUCGUUCCAGCUUUCUAUCCUUCCAGCGAGGAGAGCUUCCAUUACAUCACAUUCGUCACAUCCCACAGGCCUAUGAUCUCUUACUUGUCGAGGAGAAAUUCGGUUUACAGAGGCAUUCCUCUACGUGUUCUAUCGCGCAUGCUCAAUAUUCGCGAAGAAAAGGCAAAUGUGGUCCAGAGUGCUCACCAAGAGGAAGCUAUUAUUUUUGCUCGUGAAGCGUGGAUUGAGCCUUUUUUAUGCCGCUAAAGUCUGUUUGGCUCAAUAAAAUCACCACCUUCUUUGUUAAUUAUGUGGUGCUUCAUAUGUCCAA